GCAUAAAGAGAAAAAUAGAGGAAUAAUAAAUCACAGCUCUCAUUCAACACUAAGAAUUUAUCAUUUCCAAUAAUGGCCGGAGCCGUAAGUCUUUGGAGGAGAGAGGCCGUGUUCUUGACGGCCAUGCUUGCGUCCGAAACUGGUAUCGUAGGAAUGAAUACUCUGUUCAAAGCAGCGACUUCAAAGGGACUCAACUCUUACGCUUUCCUAGGCUAUUCUUAUCUUCUUGGUUCCCUUCUACUUCUUCCUUCACAUAUCUUCUCCAACAGGUCAAGAUCACUUCCUCCAUUAAGUUUCUCAAUACUUUCUAAGAUGGGACUUCUUGGACUAUUAGGUUCAAUGUAUGUGAUCACAGGGUAUAUAGGCGUUAAAUACAGCAACCCAACCUUAGCUUCAGCUAUUAGCAAUAUCACUCCUGCUCUUACCUUUAUCCUAGCCAUUAUCUUCAGAAUGGAGAAAGUAAAUUUCAAAGAAAGGAGCAGUGUAGCCAAAGUGAUGGGGACAGUAUUGUCGUUAGUAGGCGCACCUGUGGUAGUUCUCUACCACGGUCCACGUGUCUUCGUUGCAUCUUCUCCGCCGUAUCUACACUUCCGUCAGCUUUCUCCGUCGUUAUUUUCUUCAAACUCCGACUGGAUCAUCGGUGGAUGUCUUCUUACCAUUAAAGACAUCUUCGUUUCUAUUUCUUUCAUACUUCAGGCACAUAUAAUGACUGAAUACCCAGCAGCAUUUACAGUCUCCUUUUUCUAUUCGAUGUGUGUUUCAAUCUUGACCUCGUUGACUGGACUCGUGGUCGAGAAGGACAAUCCAAGCAUUUGGAUCAUUAGAUUCGACAUUACAUUGAUAAGCAUUGUAACUAUGGGAAUAUUCACUCCAGUAUACUACGUGAUUCAUUCAUGGACAGUGCGUUACAAAGGACCUCUUUACUUAGCGAUAUUUAAGCCAUUGUCCAUUUUAAUAGCGGUUGUUAUGAGUGCUAUUUUUCUCGGCGAUUCUCUCUAUCUCGGAUGUUUGAUAGGAGGAGUUUUGAUAACGUUAGGGUUUUACGCUGUAAUGUGGGGGAAAGCAAACGAAGACAAGACUCGGUUGUUGACACUUUUAGAAAACGAGAAAACGCCUCUUCUGUUGAAUCACAACGACGACCAAAUUUAAUUAUUUGAAAAAAAAAUUGUAAGGGAAAAAAAACAUACGUAGAACUUGAAAAUGGUAGUGUUAAAACUAACGGUAGGGGAAAUUCUAACUUUGGCUUGUUAGGAUUUUUUUUGAUUGAAUGUAUUUUUGAUAAGUGAAAUUCGACUUAUGUAUUUUACAAAAUUAUUUUCUAAUUAUUUUAAUAUUAUUUUCAAUGUUUUUCUUAUUAUUAUUUUCGAUAUUUAAAGAUAAACUCUACAAAAUUAUAUUCAGCUAUGCAAUGCGAUGAAGAAAUAAAGUGUUGAGGAUGGGGAAGAGUAUCAUCUUGAUUCGUGGGUUCCUUUAUAUAUGUACUGUGGUGCUUGAAGUUCCUAAGCCCCGUAUGGCCGAUGCUUUCUCUGUUUUGAGAGAUUUGAAGCUUCCGGUGAAUGGUUACGCCAUGGAUAUUGGUCUUGUUGAGUUCUCUUCCGUUCGUGAAGUCUUCUCUUUUGUUCUUGGUGAUAACAAUGUAGAGUCUUGAUUAUCAUUUGUCUCGCUGUAUCUGCCUCACUAAGGUUUGAUGACUGUAGUUUAUUCCUUUGGAUUAGAUAUAUGAAUAUUGACUACUGAAA